AUGGAGCUCGCGGUGCGGACGCGGCGACGAUGGGCGUCGUCGACGUCAACGCAACGUUAUCGCUCCACGCCGAGCGCGUCGUCGUCGAAACCGGGCUCGCUGGAGACCGCGCGCGAGGUGAGCGAUGAAGAGACGCUUCCCGCGGCGUCGAUGUCGGGAUGGCGCAGAUUGGCGCUCACCCUGGGCGGGUACUUCAGCGAGGAGAGUCGACACGUCAGAGGAGGCGAGCGGCUGUACGCAGAGGUGAAGGCGGCGUCGUCGGAAGACGCGUUGUACGCCGCGCACGGGAUCGAACGGACGUUUGCGAGGGAUCAUGCGGUGACGUGCCUGCACGUGUGGAUGUGCCUGCAGCGGUUGCGCAGGGAGGGGGAGGAUGGGAAGGAUUUUAGUCAGAUUUUUUACGACGCGUUUCAGGACGACGUGGAGAGGCGCGUGCACGAUGCGGGCGUUCGCGUUCGAGUGCGCAAGUGGUUGCAGGACCUCGAGAGAACGUUUUAUGGCAAUGCUGUGUCGUACGAUAAGGCGCUCGAGCUCGGCGGAAGCGAACUCGCCAGGGCGUUGCAUCGGAACGUGUACGACGGCGACGGAGACGUGGACAAAGCCAAGGCGCUCGAGCGAUACGUCCGGCAUCACGUCGCGUCGCUUGCGAUCACGCCCACGUCGGCCGUGAUCGACGGCCGUAUUAGAUUUCAGCGAUUUAAUUAA